GCAGUCUAGCGCAUUAGCCGGCGUCUUACUACAACCCUUUGGCUGGGGUUUGGCUGCCUUCCGGGCUAAGUGGCGUGCUCCCGGGGCUGGGCGGGCUGCUCCGGCCCCACGCCCCUGAUGCACCGCACUCAGCCGAGGAGCCCAGAAUCGAAUCAAGUCAGCCAGCCACACCUCUUGCCGAUCCACGCCGGCUGCCUGAAGUUAGCUGUCAUCCAGUCUGGUUUAGCCGCGCCAAGACUUGGUCCUCCGCAAGCAUCAAGGACUGGCUCUUUCGCUCAUCUUCCUCCCCGGAACCAUGCUUUAAGCCAGCUUCUCGCUCCCCCGCUUGCCAGUCUUGUACAGAAGGGUCCCGGUGCAGGCUCCAUGAAUAGUUAGAGAAGCUUUGGAUCUACGUGGGAAAAGGGCGGACUGUUACCUUCGCUUUGUCCUGGAGGGCCCGCUUUGACCUUUGACCUAAUGGCAGCACCUCCGCUGGGCCGACUGGUGCUGACCCAUCUGCUGGUGGCCCUUUUCGGCAUGGGCUCCUGGGCUGCUGUCAACGGGAUCUGGGUAGAGCUGCCGGUAGUGGUGAAAGAGCUCCCGGAGGGUUGGAGCCUCCCUUCCUACCUCUCUGUGCUUGUGGCGCUGGGAAACCUGGGUCUGCUGCUGGUGACUCUGUGGAGGCGUCUGGCUCGCGGCAAGGGCGAGCAAGUCCCCAUCCGAGUGGUUCAGGGGCUAGGCAUAGUGGGCACAGGCCUACUGGCCUCUCUGUGGAACCACGUGGCCCCAGUGGCAGGAAAGCCGUACUCAGUGGCCUUCCUAACGCUGGCGUUUGUGCUGGCAUUGGCCUGCUGUGCUUCUAAUGUCACUUUCCUGCCCUUCUUGAGCCACCUCCCACCCCCCUUUUUACGGUCUUUCUUCCUGGGUCAGGGCCUGAGUGCCCUCCUGCCCUGUGUGCUAGCCCUGGGUCAAGGGGUGGGCCGCCUUGAGUGCCUGCAUGUGCCUGCCAACAGGACCACUGGGCCUCCGAUCGAGGUGUCUCCCAUUAAUUUCCCUGAACGGUUUUCUGCCACCACGUUCUUCUGGGUGUUGACUGCCCUUCUGGGCACUUCAGCAGCUGCCUUCCAAGGCCUCCUGUUACUACUGCCAUCCCCGACAUCUGAACCCACAACAGGUACAGGGCUUCGGGUAGAAACACCAGGAACAGAGGAGGAAGAGGAAGAGGAAGAGGCCUCACCUUUGCAGGAGCCACCAGGCCAGGUGGCAGGCAUUGUUUCCAGCCCAGACCCUAAGGCCCAUCAGCUGUUCUCUUCCCGAAGUGCCUGUCUACUGGGCCUGCUGGCCAUCACCAAUGCUCUGACCAAUGGCGUGCUGCCCGCUGUACAGAGCUUUUCCUGCCUGCCCUAUGGGCGCCUGGCCUACCACUUGGCUGUCGUACUGGGUAGCUGUGCCAACCCCCUUGCCUGCUUUCUGGCCAUGGCAGUGCUGUGCAGGUCUCUGGCAGGGCUGUGUGGUCUGUCUCUGCUGGGCAUGCUCUUGGGCUCCUACCUGAUGACACUGGCAGCCUUAAGUCCCUGUCCUCCUCUGGUGGGCACCUCUGCAGGUGUGGUCCUCGUGGUACUCUCAUGGGUCCUGUGCGCAGGCACGUUCUCGUAUAUCAAGGUGGCGAUCAGUUCCAUGUUACACAGCGGAGGCCGGCCAGCACUGCUCGCUGCUGGCGUGGCUAUUCAGGUGGGCUCUCUGCUGGGUGCGGUCGCCAUGUUCCCUCCUACCAGCAUCUACCGAGUAUUUCGCAGCGGAAAGGACUGUGUGGACCAGUGUGGCCUCUGAACCCAGACGUGUAGGAGUUACUUCACACUUGUCUCCACCUGGAGGGUAGGAGGGAUGGUCACAGUGCCUGGGUCCUGUGGCCCAAGGUGGCCACCCUACACACAGAUAAUAUGGAUAUUUCACACUCCACAAGAGACCUGGCUUUGGAGAAAAGACCAGUGUGAGGACCAAAGAGCAGGCCCAGACCCAGGGAUAGAUUGGAGCUGCGCGGCCUUCACCCCUGGGACCUCUGUGGGAUUUGCACAAUAAAACAUCUUCAUCCAAUGGGUUGUUAAUCCCAUGAGCACAGCUCUAUGCCAGGCCUCCUUCCCUCCGUAGGCAGCCCCUCUCCCCCAGGAUCCUGGUUAUAGCUUCCUCCACUCGCCUAGUGGCUCUUGCAGGGCCUUGGGUGACCUCAGGACUCCUACAUGAUUGCUUUGCUUUUCUGGGACUACUUCGGUAGCUGAAGGCCAACUCCCAGGGCCCAUGUGGGGCUGAAGCAGGAUAAUGCCUUCGAUUGGCUGGACAAGCAGCAGGGUCACUCACUGCUCCACACCGCGUCUUCAGGGUGUGAGGGUCUGGCAUGGUUGGGAAGUCAACCAACAAGGAAACUUGGGGGGGUGGUGGGGGCUGAUUACACACAAGACCCUUCUGCCAAGAUCGUCACCUUCAGAGUUUGGUGCAAGGUCCAGGUACAAAUUUUGCUUUACUUUUUUUGUAAUUUUAUAUGCAUGGGUAUUUUGCUUGAGGAGGUCAAAAUUGAAUAUCCAAUCCACUGGAACUGGAGUUACCGACUGCUAUGAGGUGCCAUGAGAGUGCUGGAAAUUGAACCCAGGUCCUCUGGAAGAACAGUAAGUGCUUUUAACCACUGAGCCUUCUCUCCAGCCCCCAGGGCCGUUUUUUUGUUUUUUGGGGGUUUUUUUGUUUUUUUUUUUCUUUUAAAGUUCUGACCCUCUUGGGACCUUUGAACUUGACAGCAUUGCUUAUCAGACCUCCAGCGAAUAAAGUUUCCAGCUUCUAUAGUCAAAGCCACAAUGUGUCCCUUUAGGUAGACACAUAGCUAGCUGUCUUCCACUCAAACUCCUGGGCCUUUGCCCUGUGGCAUCUGUAGGGUUGUUUCUGGGCUGAGUGGAUCUAAAGCUCUCACACAAAGGACUGGAGCCUCAGGUAGAACUGGGAAGAUCCUUUGAAGCUAUGAGGGUCUGAAGGCCAUGCCAGGGUGAGAGCCUGGGUUUCUGCCUUCUCUCUGUCUUAGGGCAGACUAGAGAGAGAAACCUGUGAGGGACACACAACACCAAGUGUGUACCAGGGUGACUUUGAACUCACAGGAGUUGCGUGGGAGAAGGGGAUUUCCACCCGGUUCUUUCAGAUGAUCUUUCUGAACGUUAACACUUCUGUCCUCGAAUUGGCCGCCUGGCUUUGUUUUCCUCCUGGCCUCCAGACCUAGUCAGGAUCACCUGAGCAGGGGGGAGCUCCCUGGUCUCUUAGGAGUUUCCGAAGCUCAGGUAUUGGCUAGGAGGAGCGGGAGUGAUAGGGCAAGGUAGGCAGGCACUGAUGGGCCGGCAGAGGUAAGGGCGGUAUGCAGGAGUAAAGCAAGGGAGACCAGUAUUAAGGUUCAACUCUGCAGGACUCUCCUUCCACUGACCCUUUUCCCCUUUGUACUCUGCCCUUGUCCCUGCUUAGCACCCUUGCCUGGGGCCCCUCCCUCCUUGGCUGCCUGAGGCUAGAGACUGGGAGAGCCACCUCCUGGCUCCCUUUCUUGGCUUCCUCGGGUCAGUGAUCCGACCAUAGCCUCUGCCUUAUGCUCACAUGUGGAUUUGUGCAAGGUGUGCUACGUCCAAGGGCCACGGGGCAGCAUAGCCCUUCAGAUCCGUAGGGUCUCCUGAAGAGAAGGGAACGGGUCCCCCAGAUCCUGGCCAGCCUGUGCUAGAAGUGGGUGAUUUGAGGAAGCUAUUACUCUUUGAAGUUCUAGUGCCUUCCUGUCCUGCCACAGAAAACCGGGGCAAGGGUCAAAAUAACACAGGGUGUAAAACAACAGAUCCAGGAUGAAGGUAAGGCUGUUUACCAAGUCCACAGGUUUUCAUGACAGUCAGGAGAGCCCACCAUCCAGGUGCCUGAGUCCUGGUCUGGGGGAGCGUGUUGGAAGAUACCCCACAAGAAGACAGCCGCUGAAGCAGGAUGUCUUGUCCCAGAAGGCAGUCCCUUGAGUGUGGAGCCACACUGCACAGUUUUCUGUGUUACCACCAUGAAUGUCCCCUUAGCUCCUAAAAAUCAGAAAAGGGCCAUUCAGGGGUAGCCUCUUUUCCAGAUGUGAGACAGCCUAUGAUACAGGGAUAAGGCUUGUCUUUUUUUUUUUUUUUUUUUCCAGAGCUGAGGAUCGAACCCAGGGCCUUGGGCUUUCUAGGCAAGCGCUCUACCACUGAGCUAAAUCCCCAACCCCAAGGCUUGUCUUUUGGGGACAGAAUGACUUAACAUUAAUGUCUUCCCCAUCCUGGUUUCUUAGCCCACUGAGUCCCCAGUAGCAGUGGGUUUUGAUGCAGCCGCAGAUGUUAAAACCUUUCAACCCUGCUCAGAGACUCAACCUGAUUUGGAGACACAGGAUAAUCCUUCAAGGGUCACCACACUUGAACUCAGAGCGCCCUAAUUUCUAUGAUACUGGAAGACAAGAGGGGGUGUGGAGCAUUAGCAGUUCCAAGAAAUAGCCGCUUUAGCCCCUCCCACCCCAUCUUACCUCCAAGGAAACCAUUUGUUGCUGUGCUUAGAGCUUCUGGGGCUCCAAAUCUAACGUUCAUUGUCUUUUUCUCUCCCUUCCUUUCCCCUCUUCCCCUCCUGUCUGUCUGUCAUUUUUCCUUUCCCUUCCCUUUCUUUCCUUGACAAGAUUUCAAGUAGCCUAGGCUGGCUUCAAACUUAGCAAGGAUCCUCCUGCCUUGAGUUCUGGUACUACAGAUGCGCACCACCAUGCCAGUCUCUUCAGUGCUAGGGACUAAAUUCAGGGCGAGGCAUUAUGUCAGUAUGUCAGGCAAGCAGUCUAACAACUGCAUUACGUCCUUAGCCCCUAUGUAUAUUUAACUCUGUAAAUCUUUUUUUUUUUUUUCAAGACAAGGAUUCUCUGUGUAGCCCUGGCUGUCCUGGAAGUUACUCUGUAGACCAGGCUGGUCUCGAACUCAGAAAUCCGCCUGCCUCUGCCUCCCAAGUGCUGGGAUCAAAGGCGGGUGCCACCACUGCCCGGCUGUAAUUCUUUUUAUUAUCCUUUUUGAUUCAGACUACAGGAACAGGACUGGGGUGUAGCUCAGUGGUAGAGUACUUGUCUAGAAUGUGCAAGACACUGGGUUCAGUCUCCAACACUGCAAGACAAAAGCAAAACACGAUUGUAUAGAAGUACAGAAAUGGUAGAGGUGGGGGUGGGGAAUGCUUAAUGGGUCCAAAGUUUGUCUUGUAAGACAAAAGAGUCGGGCUGGAUGGUGGUAAGCUGGUUACACAACAUUCUGAAUGUUUUUUAAGCCAUUGUCCUGUACUCUGAGUGUGAUUUAUUUCCAGCACCUGGGAGGCAGGGACAAGUGUGUCUCUGUCGGUUUAAGCCAAUCUGAUCUCUACAUAGCUCUAAGAUACCUAGGACUACAUAGAGAGAUCCUGUCCCAAAAGUAAAACAAAGACAAGAAAAGUGGUUAAGAUAGUACAGUUUCAGACUGGUGAGAUGGCUCAGCAGUUAAGAGCAUUGACUGCUCUUCCAGAAGUCAUGAGUUCAAACCCCAGCAACCACAUGGUGGCUCACAACCAUCCAUAAUGAGAAACAAACAAACAAACAAACAAAAUCCUAUAGGCCAGAGCAAGAUGGAGAAGGGAAGGUGGGAAAGAAAAAAUUAAAAAAAAAAUAGUUUCUUGUUGUUGUUUUGAGACAAUCUCCUGUAGCGUAACCUGAUCUUGUUUGUUUGUGAGCUAGGGUAGGUCUCACUAUGUAGACCAGGCUGGCAUAGGACUCACAGAGAUCUGUCUGUUUCUGUUUCAGUUGCUGGGAUCAAAGGCACGAACUACCAGACUUUGUAAAAGAAUUAUCUUGUAGUGCUAUCAAAUACUUGGGGAUGGAAGAACGCAGUGGAUGGUGUUCUCCUCAGAGGAGCCUGGCAGAGUGUGUGGGCCAUGCCUGGUGUAAGAUAGGCUUCAGCUGUUGAAACUGAAAUGUACAUUUUUCAAGGUCUUAGACUAUUUGACCUGAUUUUGUGUAUGUUGAAAAUCCCACAUAAUAAGCCAGGCAGUGGUGGUGCACACGUGUAAUCCCAGCAACUAGGAAGCAAAGGCAGGGAUUUCUGAGUUUGAGGCCGACCUGGUCUACAGAGUGAGUUCCAGGACAGCCAGGGCUACACAGAGAAACCCUGUCUCGGAAAAAAAGAAAGAAAAAGAUGGAAAUCUAUAGGAGAAAAUUUUCUGUAUAUUGUUGAAUUAAUAGUAACAGAAAUCAUACUUUGCAGGACAUGGUGGCACACUGCUUGAACCCCAGUGCUUAGAAGGUCAACUGGAGCUAUAGAUGAGACCCUCUGUCAAGAAACAACUGAACAAAAUACACAGCUGGAGACAUCUAUUCAGCAUACAAGACAGGAUUGGGAGACCAGAUGUCAGGGACAUAUAUUACAGCGGGCAGGGCGUUCCUUGUCAUUAGCUGUACUAAGUGUAAGUGGACCUGGAGUCCAGCUUGACCUAACACAAUGCCCUCUCCACCAGGUAUAUGCAGUACCUCCAGGAUAGACUGUCAGGCCCUGGGACGGCCUCGCUGGGUUUAUAUUGCGAUUAGAUUCCUGGAAAGACCAGCACAAGGGAGUACAUCAGGUUGAACCAGCCUUGAAGUCCACACCCAUGUCUUCGGGUGUGUCUUAUUUUUGUCCCUCCUCCUUCUCUUAACCUUUGUGCUCAGUAGGCUUAUAUUCCAAGUAUUAAUUAAACCCCAACUCUACUUAAUAUAAAAAACAAAAGAAACAAAAAAUCCCAGACCUCCUUCUCCAGGGUCUAGUCAAAUCAGUGUAGUACUCACCCCUUGUCAAGGAAAUUAAUUUUUUUGUAAUGGAUGGAGAUCAUUACAAACAACCACAACCAAUGAUAAUGUAGAGUGUGGAGCUCUAUUCCAAUAUAUAUAUAAUAUACAUGCUAUAUAUGUUAUAUAAAUAUAACUCCUCAGCUAAGGCUAAGGAAACACUGCAGAUUGUUGUGAGCCACCACAUGGUCCUGGAAGCCAAACCCAUGUCCUCUAUAAGAGUGGCGAAUGCUCCAGCCCCAUGAGAUCCUUUUUUAAAAGGCAGAAUGUUGUUAAAGUGGGCAUAAGGAUAUCAUAUGGGUCAGCUGUUUCAUUCUCAAACCAUGUAACUGAGGAUUGAGACUAAAGCCCUUGUCCGGCAGUGGUGGCACAUGCCUUUAAUCCCAGCACUUGGGAGGCAGAGGCAGGUAGAUUUCUUAGUUCGAGGCCAGCCUGGUCUACAGUGUGUUCCAGGAUGGGCAGGACUAUACAGAGAAACCCUGUCUUGAACCACUCCCCACCCUACACCCCACCCCCAAAUAAAACCCUUACAUUUAUGUCAAACAACUUUAAAAAAAAAUUAUGUCCGGGACUGGAGAAAUGGCUCAGCGGUUAAGAGCACUGACUGUGUUCAAUUCACAGCAACCACAUGGUGGCUCACAACCAUCUGUAAUGGAGUCUGAUGCCCUCUGAUAGUACUGGGAGACCAGAUGUAAAGGACACAUUAUAGCAGGCAGGACUCUCCUUGUCAUUAGCUGUACUAAGUGUAAAUGGACCCUGUCUGAAGACAGCUACAGUGUAUUCACAUGUAUCAAAUCUUUUUUUAUUUUUUUAAAUUUUUAAAAUUUUUAAUCUUUUGUUUUUCGAGACCGGGUUUCUCUGUGUAGCCCUGGCUGUCCUGGAACUCACUCUGUAGACCAGGCUGGCCUCAAACUCAGAAAUCCACCUGCCUCUACCUCCAAAGUGCGUGCGCCACCAUGCCUGGCUUCAAAUUUUUUUUUUAAUGCCUUUUCAUUUUUUUAAAAAUAUUUUUAUUAGGAAUUUUCCUCAUUUACAUUUCCAAUGCUAUCCCAAAAGUCCCCCAUACCCUCCCCCCCCAAAUCUUUUUUUUUUUUUUAAAUUAGGUCUUACUGUGUAGCCCAGGGUGACCUUGAAUUUGUAAUCUGCAGGUCUCUACCUCCUGAGUGCUGGGAUUAAAAAGUGUGCCACCACACUUGGCUUCCUUAACAUUUGGCAGUGUGACAGGGACAUUAUCCGUGGCAAUGGAAACGAGAGCGACAGAGUCCUGUGACAAGUGCUACUCUAGCCUCAAAUGCACACCCGCGUCCAACACACACACACACAGACAGGAGAACAUGGACAUAGGCGACUUUUAGAAAUAAGUAGCAUAGAAUGAGGCAUGUUGAUGCAGAACACAGGCUGGGGAGAAGGCCUUUAGGUAAAGCUCUUGUCCUAUGUGCUGGCACAUGUUUUGUCAACUUGGAGCAGUAGGAGUCACUUGAGAAGACCCUCAGUUCAGGCAAUGCCCCCACCAGGCUGGCCCGUGGGACAUUUCUUUGAUUGAUGGUGCGGGAGGGAUCAGUUCACUUUGGGUGGUGUUGAGCCUGAGCGGGUAGUUCUGAAUGGCGGUAAGAGAGCAGGUUGAGCAAGCCUGUGAGCGGCGGUGGUCCUCCACAGCCUCUGCUUCAGUCCUUGCCUCCAGGAUCCCGCCCUGACUUCUCUGGAUGACGGACUAUAAGCUGGAAGGCGAAAUAAACCCUUCCCUCCCCAA